AUGCUGAAUCAGAAUCUACUCCCAAAGCACAUCUCGCUCGGGCAAUUCAGAAAACUAUUAGGCCGAUAUGAGUCUUUGAUUGAGUCAAUUUCAUCCACCAAUAUAGCAGCCAAGCCUAACGAGAAAACUCUGUUGGAGUUGGAUAGGUUCCGAUACCAUGAUGCCGUCAAUACGUACCGCCUCGAAGAGUCGAAACAGUCAAUGACGCUGAACGACGUUAAAACUCUAGUUGAUUGGAAGCUGCGCCAUGGAAAAUCCCGUCCUACUCUCAUGAAACUCGUAUCGUCGAAUGACGACGCGUUUGCCGAGAGUACUAUUCGAGAAGCGAUAGACGAAUAUCGUAAUAAUUCAGACGCAUCUAAAGCGUUAAGCACUAUCACCAAGUUGAAAGGAAUUGGUCCCGCCACAGCGUCCCUUUUGCUCUCUGUGCAUGACCCCCACGGCGUCAUCUUCUUCUCGGACGAAGCAUUCUAUUGGCUAUGUUGUAACGGCCAGAAGUUUCCCAUCAAAUACAACAUCAAAGAGUAUCAGGAGCUAAGUACUGCAAGUCAGGAACUAACCAAGAGGUUGGGAGUCGAUGCAGUUGACGUUGAAAAGGUAGCUUACGUAUUGAUAAAUGAGGGAGCAUCAGAUGCGACGUCCGGGGAUGCAGAGGCUGCUUCCCCGUCCGACGUCAAGCCUGCGCGGGUAGAUCCGUCGAGGAAACCGGUGAAGAGGAAGAGUAAUAUCUCCAACGACGCCACGGAUCAACAAACGCAGGGAGUGAUGGCAGUCGAUUUAUCUCAACCAGAUUUCGGCCCUAUUCCGCUUCCCGAACGAUUCGCUAAGAUAAAGCGGAAACUGAUUGCUGGUAAUGAGAAGGCUGUUGCAGAUUCGUUCUACCGUCUUCUCAGCCGGUUGAGAAAGGAGGCAGAGCGCAUCGAAACCGCCAGGUCCGAUAUAAUACCGUCGAUCGACUACUUAGAUAUACACGAUCCAUCUAAGGUAGCCAUUUUUCGGGACGCGCUAAAGGAGAGAGGCGUUGCUAUCAUACGAAGAGUCGUUCCGUCUAAUGUUGCUGUAGCGUGGAAGGAAGAAACACAGGAAUACCUUCGGCAUAACCCGCCCAUCAAAGGCAUCCCGCAACACGAUCCGCAGCUUUACGAGUUAUUUUGGAGUCCAGGACAAGUACGAGCACGGGCCGACUCACGGCUGCUUGAGGUCCAGAGAUUUAUCAUGAGAGUGUGGCAUUCAAAUAACGAAGAUGCUCUUGUGAGUAGUAAUCAUGCUGUAGCCUACGCAGAUCGCAUUAGAAUGCGGAAACCCGGUGAUACUUCCCUCGCAUCCGGUCCACAUAUAGACAACGGGAGCGUGGAAAGAUGGGAGUCGGAUGGGUACGGACGAGCAGGUGCCUACGCCAAGAUUUUCCAAGGACGAUGGGAGGAGUAUGACCCCUGGGAUAGUGACACUCGUCUACGCGUAACCCCAGACCUUUACAACGGCGCUGGUUCCUGCAGUAUGUUUCGAAUGUUCCAAGGCUGGCUUUCUCUAUCCUCGAUCCCACCUGGUAGCGGCUCUCUACUCGCUUGCCCCAUGCUACAGCUCACAACCGCCUACCUCCUUCUCCGACCUUUCUUCUGCCCACGCUUCAAGUCAGGCCCCAACUUCCUGCACGAGGACAACUGGAACCUGCACGUGGCGCAGAAUAGCAUCAUCCAGGGUGCCGUACCAGGGAGCGGUAUCCAGGAACUAAGCGAUGCUCUCCAUCCGCAUCUAAGACUGAACAAGACAAUGGUCCCAAUCCCGCGCGUCGAACCCGGUGAUUACGUGCUCUGGCACCCGGAUGCGGUCCACGCAGCCGACGCCAUCCACGCCGGAGCAUCAGACUCGAGCGUGCUAUACAUCCCCGCGUGUCCGCUGACGCAGACCAACGCGCUGUACCUCGCGCGGCAGCGCAAGGCGUUCCUCCUCGGCGACCCCGCGCCCGACUUCGAGAGCGGCGGGCGCCGCGGCGAGCGCGAGUACCUGGGCCGGCCCGGGGUUCAGGACGUGAACGACGCGGGCGGCGAGGAAGGCCUCAGAUCCAUGGGCCUGCUGCCCUGGGACGAGAAGAGCGGAUACGCGGAUAAGGCCGAGGCGGAGCUGUUGCGGCUCGCGAAUGGGAUAUUGUUCCCGGAUCGCUACGAUAUGAUGGCGAGGAGAGGCGCGAAGAGGCUUUGA